AAUUUCGAACAAACUAAUCUAAAUUAUUAACCAAGUGACCAGUGUUAUUGUAUAUCAUAAAAAAUCAUUUCGAUUUCCAAAAACUUAAUUCCGUUAAUUCAAUUGAUCAUGCAAUAUUCAAGAUUGUUUUCAUUGGCAACCAUUAUUGCCAUCUUCAUUGUUGCUCAUUUUGAUACAGCUUUUGGUGGUAGUCAAAAAAAUGAAGAUACGAUAAUCAUUGGUGGUGAACAUGGUUGUGGUCCAAAAUUGGUUUACAAAGGUGGUGGCAAGAAAAAAGGCGAUAUCAUCCUAAUGAAUGAUUGUAAAAAGAAAAAAACACAUUACAUUCCGUAUCCAGUUUAUCAUGGCGGUUAUGAAGAACAUGGUGGUGGUUAUGGUGGUGGCUAUUAAUCCUAUCAUGGCAAUAAUUGAAUGUUCAUGAUAAAAUUCUGGUAAUUUUUCAUGCACCAUAUUCAAAUUCUUUGUUUUAUAUGCGGCCUUGUCUUUUUUUUCUUUUCUUGAACUUAAUUACAAAAUUCAUAAUAUUUAUUAAAAUUUUCGCCAUUUUAUUUAUCAUUUAA